AUGCCACCGAAGGUUGGAUUAUUCGGUCUCGGGAUGCGUAAGGAGGCUGGUCAUGCAGACUUUUUUCCAAAUGGAGGCGUCCGACAGGCUGGCUGUAAACAACACCUUGCGAAGCUGGGUACGUUUCUGCACAUUGCAAAAGAAAUAGAAUAUUCCUCAAGAGAUCCACUCCUUAGGAGGUUUCAGGAGGUGUCAAUUUUAGAUUCCAUUUUCUUAGGGGGCAAAUUUUGUGAUCUUCUUCCUUAUUUUUUUAAAAUUUUUUUUAAAGAAACCUGCCACUUGACUUCAGUGAGUUGUUCAGCUCGGGUUAAUUCCUAAAAGCGCAUAAUGUGACAGUUAAAGGAAAAAAAGCAGUUGUUGUGGUCACCUGAGCAUUCCUAUUUUCGCUAGUUUGGAAUUCAUGUGCUGACCAGAAUCAAAAUGGCGAAUAUAAUAACAUACACAGGCCAAAAUCCUCUUUUUCGUAUCUCUUGCCAUCCUUUCUUUCCGUUUUGACACAGGGUCUGUUUUGGUUUGUUUUAGAUCUGUAUUACUUUCUUUAUUCCAAGUUACUGUUUGAAACGAGUGGUAAAGUACCUUUCAAUAACCUUUUCAAAAAUCAACCUGAUCAAGAAAACAACAAAAAAAAAUGCAAAGGAAGAAACUUUAGAAACAGGCGAUGAGAAAUAAAAGGAAAUACAGAUAAGCGGUACAAGGACUGACAAAAAUUUAAAACACUCAACUAAAAUGAUUUUUCUUUCUUUAGAUAUCUUCCAGACAGUGAUCUGUGACCAUAUGAGGGCUCCAGAAUACUACAUUGCUUCAGUUCAAAACAAUUGCUCCUGGAAAGCGUUUCCAUGCCACAGUCUCUCAGACUGUGAGGCAGGAAAGAGCACUCCAUGCUAUGGUAAAUGCCCCUCCAUGGGAUAUGAUGCCGACAAAACAGCACUAACUGGCAAUUUUUACCUAAAGACAAAUAGCAACCCCCCAUUUUGCGGUAUGUUGGUGUUUAUUUUGUUCUUCCAGAUGGUUUUGCAGCACCGUUGA